AUGGUGUUCGUCCUGAGGCAGCUCCAAGAGAAAUGCCGGGAGCAGAACAAAGGGCUGUACAUCACGUUUGUGGAUCUGACGAAAGCGUUUGACACUGUGAGCAGGAAGGGGCUAUGGAUGAUAAUGGAACGCCUUGGCUGCCCCCCAAAGUUCCUCAGCAUGGUCAUCCAACUGCAUGACGAUCAACGCGGCCAAGUCAGGUUGAAGAGCGACCUCUCAGAGCCCUUCCCCAUCGUCAAUGGCGUGAAACAGGGUUGUGUCCUGGCACCUACUCUGUUCAGCAUCUUCUUCAGCAUGAUGCUCAAGCAGGCCACUGAAGACCUUGAAGAUGAAGAAGCUGUGUACAUCCACUAUCGCCUUGAAGGCAGUCUGUUCAAACUCAGGAGACUGCACGCCAACACAAAGACACUUGAGCAGCUGAUCCGUGACCUCCUCUUCGCUGACGAUGCUGCCCUCGUUGCCCACACUGAAAGAGUCUUGCAGCGCCUAACGUCUUGCUUUGCAGCGGCUGCACAGCUCUUCGGACUUGAGGUCAGUUUGAAGAAGACAGAGGUCCUCCACCAGCCUGCACCCCGGGAAGAGUACCGCCCUCCUCACAUCACUAUUGGCGAAACUGAGCUGAAAGCAGUUCACCAGUUCACCUACCUGGGGUGUACCAACACAUCAGAUGCCAAGAUCGACAGGGAAGUGGACAACAGACUAGCCAGGGCAAACAGCGCUUUCGGCAGACUCUACAAGAGAGUCUGGAACAACAGACAACUGACAAAGGGUACGAAGAUCAGCGUCAACAGAGCCGUCGUACUCACCACCCUGCUGUACGGCUCCGAGUCCUGGGUAACAUACCGUCACCACCUACGACUCUUAGAGCGCUUCCACCAGCACUGUCUCCGCACCAUCCUCAACAUCCAUUGGAGUGACUACGUCACCAAAGUUGAAGUUCUCGAACAGGCAGAAAUCUCCAGCAUUGAGGCUAUGCUGCUGAAGUCGCAGCUUCGGUGGGCAGGGCACGUCUCUAGAAUGGAGGAACAUCGCCUGCCCAAGAUAGUCCUGUACGGCGAACUCUCCACAGGCCACCGUGACAGAGGUGCACCGAAGAAACGCUACAAAGACUCCCUCAAGAAAUCCCUCGGUGCUUGCCAAAUUGACCACCGACAGUCGUCGACACUCGCUGCUGACCGCCAGGCCUGGCGCCACACCGUUCACCAGGCCGUCGCCUCCUUCGAGGACUCCCGCAGGUCUAACCUGAAGGAGAAACGCCGGACGAGGAAGGACAGGGAAACCUCAGCAGCUGUACCAGACCAGACUUUUGACUGCAGUCGCUGCGGCCGGAUAUGCCUGUCCCGCAUCGGUCUUGUCAGCCACCAGCGCGCCUGCAGUCGACGUGGACAGCCCCUUUCAUGA